UCGAUUUGAAAUUUGGAAUAGUUAUGAACAACGCUAACCCAGACACAUUGUUAGUAUUAUUAUUUUACUUUAUUUUUUAUUAGCUAUGGAACAUGCCCAAUAUGAAGAGGGGGCAAAAUUUCAAAGUCUAGUGAAUAGAUCAAGUGGGGUAUUUGAAAGAGCUCAAAUUGUACAUUUCAAAACAUUUUUUCUUUUUUUUUGGUAGUGAAAAAAAAAAGAUGACUGAAGGGAAAUGGGAAGAAAAAACCAUAACCCCCCUUAUCUCCGAAGUUUACCGAAGUAAAUCAUACAUUUUUUACGUAAUAUUAAAAUUACUAUAAAUUUUACAGGAAAAAUAUAAUCAUACCUUUAUCUUGAUAACUGUUUUUUAAUUAACAAAAUUUAUAUCCGAAUUCAGUUUGCAAUUGAACCAACUUUACGUGUGUUUAUUAUACUUGAAAUUUCUAAAAGAUUACAAUUUUUGAAAUCUUAGUACAGGUAGGUACUUCUGAUCAAAAAUCUUUAGCGUUUAUAGUUACACGAGAUUAUUCAAGGUUUGUUCGGGACCCUCGGCGCGCGAGUAAGUAAAACGAACUCGUACUCGACCAUUUUUUUUGUGAUGCGAUACCUACAUACAUACCACAGCAAUUGUCACACAUCCUAUCCUAACCUAAGGUACUAUUAGAUAUAAGUUAAUAGUUAUUUAGGAUACAAGUGCAAAAAAUAGGAAAUUCGCAAUGAGUGGUGAUAAAUUAAAACACGACCGAGGGGAGUGUUUUAAAUCGACACGAGUUGCGUAUUACCUAUUCGCACGUGUAUUUUACAACUUUUUACAGUACAGAUAGAUGGGUCUUUAAAGUUUCGACAUAUGCACGGAAAGUGGUCAUUCUCGCACGGGUGCGGGAGGGAAAGUAGCACCAUAUGUACUGUAAAAUAAACAGUGACGUAAUGUAUUUAGGUACUACUUUUAGCGUACAUGAAAUACGUUGUUGGUUUUACGUCGGGCAUUGUCUUCGAUAAAACGUAAUUGACGAUAAUCGCAGUAAGGAAGUAAUAAGUACGAGUAGGUAUAUUGUGGAAUAGGUACCUACCUAAUUUGAAAUAUGAUGCAACAGAAAAUGACAUAGAUCAUCAACAAUUCAGUGGUUCGCUAAAUGGAUAUUAAUGUCAUUGUAGAUUUAGUAUUUUAAUGACGAGUCUAGACGGUGCGUCGCGUUUCCCCAGGGUGCUUUCUUGUAUUAAGUUACGUUCACCCUUAUAGCUGCCACCCCGCUUGGCAUGAGCGAGGGUUAACUUUCGUUAAUUCAUAAAUACAUUUCAAUGUAUGCAAUAGAUGUGACGAUACGAAACUAAUAGUUCCUUUAAACGGGUGAAAUGGGUCAUGGGCCUGUUGUCAGUAUCCGCCUAGGAAGAAAGCCAGGCCAAGUGAUUAACAUUCACACGUUGCGUACUAGAAUACUGGUAGACUUGAUGGUCGAUAUCCAAGAUCCAUAGUUAUUAAUUCGUGGAUAUAGAGCGUGAAAUCAAGCGUUCAGGCAAAGCAAGAAGUAAGUAUAUAGAGGCACAACGUGUUGGCUGUGUGUCAGUCGCUAGCGAGGAGGCAGUGUGCGCGCCAGGGCUCCGCAGCCCCGCACCGCGCACGUGAGCUUACGAUAAAGGAAUUCCUGUGUGAUGUUAGUAAACAAAAAGUGUAGAAAUAAAAACUGUGCCGUGUUCCUCCUGUCAGUCUUGCGGUGAACUCCUACUCGCCAUCAUGUCCCUUCCGGGAGGUUACUUUUUCUCUCAAUAUGUGGAAAGCUUUUGGAGCACCUCCCCGCCUCUGUUGGAUUGGUCCGGGGUGCCGACGCUGGUGCUGGCGGUGAUCGCGCUGGUGGUGGCCGCGACGGCGCUGGCCACGCGCGAGGGUCGGCCGCGGCUGCCGGGCCCGCCGGCGCUGCCGCUGAUCGGCACGCGCUGGCUGUACUGGAGCCGGUACAAGAUGAAUAAACUACAUGAAGCUUACGAAGACAUGUUCAGGCGCUACGGGCCGGUGUUCGUGGAGACCACACCCGGGGGCGCUGCCCUCGUGUCCAUUGCCGAGCGGUCGGCGCUGGAGACUGUGCUGCGGACCCCCGCGCGCCGCCCCUACCGGCCCCCAACGGAGAUCGUCCAGGUCUACCGCAGGAGCCGGCCUGACAGAUACGCCUCCACUGGACUGGUUAAUGAGCAAGGAGAGAAGUGGUACCACCUGCGGCGUCACCUGACCGCGGAGCUGACGAGCCCGCACACCAUGCAGGGGUUCAUUCCAGAACUAAACCACAUCUGCGACGACUUCCUCGAGCUACUGCAGGCUUGCAGGCACGCCGACGGCACGGUCAAUGGCUUCGACCAGCUCACCAACAGGAUGGGCUUGGAAUCCGUUUGCGGUCUAAUGUUGGGUACCCGCCUCGGUUUCCUAGAGCGCUGGAUGUCAGGCCGGGCGUCCGCGCUGGCCUCCGCGGUGAAAGCUCACUUCCGCGCUCAAAGGGACUCUUACUACGGGGCGCCGUUAUGGAAGUUCGCACCUACCAGUCUUUACAGGACCUUCGUUAGGAGCGAGGAAACUAUACACACGAUAGUGUCAGAGCUGAUGGAGGAGGCGAAGCAGCGCACGCGCGCCUCUGCGCAGGACAACGGCAUGCAGGAGAUCUUCCUCAAGAUACUGUCCAACCCCGCGCUUGACAUGCGCGACAAGAAGGCCGCCGUCAUAGAUUUCAUUACCGCUGGGAUUGAGACCUUGGCAAACAGUCUAGUCUUCCUAUUGUACCUGCUAAGCAGCCGUCCGGACUGGCAGCAAAAGAUCCGGUCGGAGCUGCCUUCUUGCGGAGACCUCCACGCGGAGCAGUUGUCGGCGGCACCCUCCGUGAAAGCGGCCGUCAACGAGAGCUUCAGGCUGCUGCCAACCGCGCCUUUCUUGGCCAGGCUUCUGGACGCCCCUAUGACCAUAGAUGGACACACGUUGCCUGCUGGGACAUUCGUGCUAGCACACACUGGCGCGGCUUGCCGUCGAGAAGAGAACUUCUGGCGAGCAACCGAGUACCUCCCCGAGCGGUGGUUAACCGUGCGCGAGCCGCACGCCGCUGCGCUCGUGGCGCCGUUCGGACGCGGCCGCCGAAUGUGCCCCGGGAAGAGAUUCGUCGAACUCGAGAUCAACUUGCUUCUAGCGAAGAUUCUUCAGCGAUGGCGAGUGGAGUUCGACGGAGAACUAGACGUGCAGUUUGAUUUCCUCUUGGCCCCAAAGGCACUGGUGUCCCUGCGCCUUGUGGAGUGGUAGACCAGCGUUUACCUGACAAUAUAUCUACUUAAUGCAUCUCUGCAGUACACUGACGAUCUUCUUAAAAAGAGCAUCUGUGAUUUACUUUUCAUAAUAGUAUGUACCUUACCUACCCAUUCUAGUAAGUAUAGGUAUAGGUACUGUAUGUAUUUGUGUGCCACUUUGUUUUGCU